GUUAAAGCUCAAUGUUUUGUGGACUGCUCCAUCCACCCUGACAUCCUCCCUACUCACAUUUUCUGACCCUACGGCCACUAGAGGCUUAUGGUGAUUCCAUCUUACAGGAACACAACAAAAAUGGACCCUUUACUCAAACACAACCUAGGAACACCGCUGUGUUUAUUGUGGAACAGUGAAAAGUUGACAUGAUGAAGGUGGAAAGCUUCAGAGUUUAAUCAUUUCACUGACGUAACUUCAACAUGAGAAUUAACCAGUGGAGCCUUAAUGAGGUCGCACUGUGGCUGUGGACGUCCUCCGUCUUUAAAGGUUUAAAAGAGGUCAGAGAAGAGUUCCAGCUCAGAUAGGAAGGACUCUUUGUUGUAUAAUUUCUAACCGUAGUUCUCUUGACUUUGAAGACGAUCUCUUUUAUUUGUGGUGCUUUCCUGAAACAGUAUCUGUAACACUGGGUCUGUGCAGCUUUAUUCCUCCGACUUCUGUUUGUGUUAACCGGCACAUUAUGAAAGGUGAGCAGGGUUUAGCAGAUUAUAUCUUCCAGUAAGUUCUACAACAGAACUUUUGCUUUGUGGAAAACCAGGCUCAUGAUUAACUCAACACAAGAUCCAUAUUUCAUCCUUUCUGCCUACUAUGACACUGGGGCAUUUAAAUACUUGUGUUUCCUCAUUAUUAUGUUUCUGUACAUAUUUAUUGUUGCAGCCAAUGUUUUUCUGAUGGUGGUGAUCUGUGUGAACAGGAGCUUACAUGAACCUAUGUACAUGUUCCUGUGCAGCCUGUUUGUUAAUGGACUGUAUGGCAGCACAACCUUGUUCCCGUUCCUCCUGGUCCAGAUCCUCUCUGACGUUCACUUGGUUUCUGCUCCGCUCUGUUUCCUGCAGAUUUUUUGUGUUUAUUCUUAUGGAGCUGUAGAAUAUUUAAACUUAGCCAUCAUGUCUUAUGACCGAUACCUGGCUAUCUGUUCUCCGUUACAAUAUAAUAAAUACAUGUCUUAUAAUAAGGUUGCAGCCCUUAUAGCAGUUAUAUGGUUGCCUCCGAUUUUGUUAAAUUCCAUUAAUCAGCAUCUGAUUGUUCCUUUGAAACUCUGUGGAAACAUUAUUAACAAGGUCUACUGUGACAACCACUCUGUGGUGAAACUGGCCUGUUACGACACCACAGUCAACAACAUCUUCAGCCUGUCUAUUAGUGCUCUCUCUGUGUUCGCUCCUUUCAUUUUAAUCCUUCACACCUACAUGAAGAUUCUCAGAGUGUGUUUCUCUGGAUCUAAACAGACCCGACAGAAAGCUCUCAGCACCUGCACUCCUCACCUCGCCUCCCUGCUCAACUUUUCCUUUGGCGUCUGCUUUGAGAUAUUACAGAGCAGAUUCGACAUGAGCAGCGUCCCAAACUCACUGAGGAUCUUCUUAUCGUUGUACUUCCUCACAUGUCCACCGCUCUUCAACCCUCUAAUGUACGGCCUCAAUCUGGCUAAAGUCCGUGUUGCAUGUAAAAAUCUCUUAUCACAAGUAUCGUAUUAG